AUGCGGCACGCAUCGAAGGGCGUGCGGCACACUGACAUUUGUGGGUCCUUUUUGUCGUUGAGGGUCUCCUCGCUUCCCACACCAAAGGAUGCGCCGUAUUGGCCUCCCUGGGGGAAGCAAACCUACCCGACUGCUAGUGAUGGGGACAAGACACUGCUGGAAGGUGCUGGUCUGGUCGUUAAAAUACGGGUGAUUGCCGCGUCCCAGGCAGGGAGGAAGGAGAGCGGGGUGCUCCAUGGUCCCCGGGUUUGUGGCCCUUACCCCUACACCCCCCGUGCCCCGGUCAAACUCGUGCCAACCUUGGGGGAGACAGGGAGGAGAGAGGGUGUCCGGGAAGACCGAGGGGGAGCUUUGUUUUACCUUCCUUGGCUGGAACAGGCUGCUCAGCCCCUCGGGGCCACCCACAUUCAGGAAGAAAGCUUGAAGCUUCCUGCCUGGGCUUGGGGCAUCCUGGAUCUUGGGGUUCAGCUGACCCAAGCGCCCUCCCCGGAGCGGGCACUCUCCGGCCGCGGUGGGGGGCUUUCUUCCCCACCCCACACCCCCUUUGGAUUCCGGGCUGUGAUCUACUAUGCAAUACCAGUGCCGUCUUAUAUUUCACCCUGCCCCCCCCAUGCUCCCCCCACUCCCUCCAAUCCCUACCCAACGGGCCAGGGCAGGACCUGGAGGAUCGCCGUUUCCUCCCCUACUGACCUCCUGAGUGUUGUGGGGCGGGCCAUGACAGAGGAGGACGAUGGAGAGGCGGCCUUCCGAUCUCGGGCCCCUCACUCCGGCCCCCUUGGGAGCGGCGGGGCAGGCUCGGCCGUGGCGGCGGCGGCGGCAGCCCCCGGCCCGGGUCCGGCCCCCGCUCCGGCCCCGCCCGGGGCCGUAGGGGCGGCGGCGGCGGGGCUGGUGCUGCACCGUGAGCCCGUCUAUAACUGGCAGGCGACUAAGCCCACGGUGAAGGAGCGUUUCGCCUUCCUCUUCAAUAACGAGGUGCUCAGCGACGUGCACUUCCUGGUGGGCAAAGGCAUGAGCUCGCAGCGCAUCCCCGCGCACAGGUUUGUGUUGGCUGUGGGCAGUGCUGUCUUCGAUGCAAUGUUUAAUGGUGGAAUGGCCACAACUUCUACAGAAAUUGAACUGCCAGAUGUGGAACCUGCUGCUUUCUUAGCUUUACUCAAAUUUCUUUAUUCUGAUGAAGUUCAGAUUGGACCAGAGACUGUUAUGACCACACUUUAUACAGCUAAAAAGUAUGCUGUUCCUGCUCUUGAAGCACACUGUGUGGAAUUUCUAAAGAAAAAUCUCCGAGCUGAUAAUGCUUUCAUGCUUCUAACACAGGCAAGACUUUUUGAUGAACCCCAGCUGGCCAGCCUGUGCUUGGAGAAUAUAGAUAAAAACACAUCAGAUGCCAUCAAUGCAGAGGGUUUCACAGACAUCGACUUAGACACACUUGUUGCUGUGUUGGAGCGGGAUACCCUGGGCAUUCGAGAAGUUCGUUUAUUUAAUGCAGUGGUCCGCUGGUCAGAGGCAGAGUGUCAGCGGCAGCAACUUCCAGUGACUCCAGAAAAUAAGCGGAAAGUGUUGGGCAAAGCCCUCUCUCUCAUUCGUUUCCCUCUGAUGACAAUUGAAGAAUUUGCUGCAGGGCCUGCUCAGUCAGGCAUUCUCACUGACCGUGAAGUGGUCAGCCUGUUUCUCCAUUUUACCGUGAACCCAAAGCCCCGAGUGGAGUUCAUCGACAGACCACGCUGCUGUCUGCGAGGGAAGGAGUGUAGCAUCAACCGUUUUCAGCAGGUGGAGAGCCGCUGGGGCUAUAGCGGAACCAGUGACCGGAUCAGGUUCUCAGUUAACAAAAGGAUAUUUGUGGUUGGGUUUGGAUUAUAUGGAUCAAUACAUGGACCAACGGAUUAUCAAGUCAACAUACAGAUCAUUCACACUGACAGCAACACGGUCCUGGGUCAGAAUGACACUGGCUUCAGCUGUGAUGGGUCCUCUAAUACAUUCCGGGUCAUGUUUAAGGAACCUGUGGAGAUUCUGCCCAAUGUUAACUACACGGCAUGUGCAACACUGAAGGGUCCGGAUUCCCACUAUGGCACCAAAGGCCUGCGUAAAGUGAUCCGUGAGUCACCCACAACAGGGGCCAAGACCUGCUUCACAUUCUGUUAUGCAGCUGGAAACAACAAUGGCACCUCGGUGGAGGAUGGACAGAUCCCAGAGAUCAUCUUCUACACAUAAUGGCCUGCUUGGCAGGACUGUCCUGGAGUGGCCACCCAGGGCCUUCUCCCCCUCUUCUCUGGCUGAGUCCAACCGUGCCAACGGGCGAGGCUGGCCCAACACACACCUCCAUGUUUCUGCCUCGUGUUAGUGAUGCCGCUGCCGCUCUCCCCACAGACUGGUUUACAGGAAUCCACUAUAGUCACAUGGGGCUAGUGACUGCCUCCAUUUUAGUGGUUAUCUUAUCCUCUGAGUUCAUGAAAAGCAUUUUUAAAAAAUUGUAAUGAAUGUAGAUGCUUUUACGUUGAUUAGAAGCAUGAAAAAAAAUACUUUGGUUGAGGUGGGAAAUUUCCUGUAAUGAGACAAUCCCUUAAGAGAUUGAAAAAAGAAAAAAAAAAAAAAAAGAGGGUCAUAUUGACCCCUGCCAUCUCCUUCUCCCCUUCCCUCCCACAUACUCCUUACACAUACACAGGGGAAAGAGCAUUUGCCCUAUGGGUCCAGGGACACCUGACAGGGUGGAAUUUGCUUCGUUGCAAAGUGACUGUCUGAAGAGAGCUGUUUUGUAAAGUCAGUCGGCUCUGGGAUGCACACGGGUCAUUUGUAGCCCCUUGUUAACUAGAGACAAUCUGUAUGUUCAAUAGGCUGUAUGUCUAAUAGGUGGCACCAAUUUAACUGACCAUCUAUCUGUAAGUGAGGGAUAGCAUGUGAAGAGGAGCAGAGGUGGGAUCCCAGGGUGCCACAUCCGACUUUGCUCCUGGGUCCAGAUAGUGGCACCAUUUUGUUAGUGUCCAGUAAGUUUGGUGGUGACCCCAGAGUGUCUUGGGGGGGAGCCAGUUGAGAGAGAAAAAGGAAGUCCUUUCAGCGGCAGGAGUUGUCAGGUGAACUAACCUGACCACCCCAGAUUACCCCCUAAAACUGCCGUUGUCUGUGUCAUUUAUUUUUGUAGCCUGCACGUUGCAAUGCAUUCUUGGAUUUACCUUUCUCCUAUAAGGAGGAGUAUGUAUGGGGUUGGGGAAGGGAGAGAAUUCAUUCUUAUUUUAUGUGUGAGAGAGAUUAUAUGUGUGUGUAUGUGUGUGUGUGUGUGAGAGAGAAUGAGAAUGAAUGUGUGU